AAUCAUUGGAAUCUUGUGAAAAAUUGGGGAGAAGAGAGGAAGAAAAUGGAAGAAUUAAAGGAAAGAUCUUUGGAGAGAGUGGUUUCACAGAGAGCAAUGCAAAUGGGGAGUUCAUUUCCAUGUCAAAUCUGUGUGGUUGGAUUCCUUUGUGGAGUUUGCCUGACCUCCUUCUCUCCUUCUUUCUUGCUGCUCUCACUUCAUUUGGUGCCUUUCAUCUGUUUGGUUCAACUUCCACUUUUUCCACCACUAUUCUGCCUUCAAAUUUUACCUCUAAAUUCAUCACUGCAGUUAAGCUCCCAUCUUCCUAUCCUAUCUUUAUCUGUGCAUAUGAAUAUGCUUAUCCAUUUAUCCAUUUAUUAGUUGCUUGCAUGGUUACCCUAAAAGGAGUGAAAAGCAUUGGCAGAGAGCAUCUAUUUGAUUCCUUCCGCUGUAACACAAAAAGGAGUGCAUCUAUUUGAAAAAAAACAAAAACAAAAAAUCCAGAAAUGCAAAGACAAUCUAAAAUUAGAAAUACUACGGAGUAUGUUUUUUCCUAAAUAGAAAUGGUUAUAAACUUUUAUUAACCGUUCCAAUUUCACCAUGCACUAUUUAAUAAUCCAUAUUUGAAAUUCCAGUUGAACAUCAUUUAUGUCUUAAAUGCAAAUCUGAAAGGAAAGUUCUUAGUGAAGGAUUUGUAUAGCUCUAAUUGUUCAAAUCUAAUUUCAUUCAAAAUUACUUUCAGUCUUCCAAUAAAGGUUCGGAGUAGUAAUCUGGCAAAAAGAAAAAAGAUUAUGUCAACUUAGACCCCUUCAUACACAAGUAGAUUGUAGUUAAAUGUACCCGUGCAAAAUUAAGUAUAUUUGGAAAAUCAUAAUAACAUACUAGAAGUUUAGUGUUCACUGUUAAUUAUAUGGGGGAAUUUGACUUUGCACCUCAUGUUUUAGGCCAUAUUAGACUUUGCACCCCAUAUUCAAAAUCAUUAAUAUUUGCACCCCAUUAGCUCAAAAAUUGUGAAGGAGUGGGGUGCAAAGUCAAAUGAUUAUAUAGUGAAAUAGGGUGCAAAUAUUAAUGAUUUUGAAAAUGGGGUGCAAAGUCCAAUAUUAACCAAAACAUGGGGUGCAAAGUCAAAUUCUCCCUAAUUAUAUUUGAUCUAUCAAAAAAAUACACCAUGAUUGUCUAUGGAGUUAAAUCUUUUGCCAAUACACUACAUGCUAUGUAAGUAGAUUAUAUAAAAUCCUAGGCUAAGUGACCAAGUUUUAUUACCUUGUUCCUUUAGCAAGAAUGCCCCAUAUAUAUUUAUUCCAACCAUGAGCUAACAGUUUAUAACCAGCCACCAGGAGUAAAGAAUACAACUGCAGUUAAGUAUCUUCAUCUCUUGUAAAAAAAUAGCUUUUUUUUGUUAGAGUAAAUGUGCCAUUCAUUGCGUGCUUCACCUAGUAACAAGAACUAGAUCCAUUAUCCCUUUUGAUAGCCUAUUGAUUAUUUAGCAUUGGUGAUCAUUUCAUUUCAAAGGUUAACACAAUUUUUAUUUCCUUUCCAGGUUUACAAAUGAGAAUCCCUUGUAUAUCUUCUAAAGAAGAGUGAUAUACAUGAAGAUGAAGAAAUGGAACAAGAUGUGAAACGAUGUUUGUUCAAGGAGUGCUUUAUCUAAAUGAUAAGCUCCUUUGGAAUCACAUGUAUACGCGAGUGCUUAUUAUUUGAUAUGAAGGCGACUGAUUCUGAUUUACUUGAAGACGGAGAUGGAGUAGAACCAAAUGGUGCACACAUGGUUUCUCAUUGGAAUGUAAUAUCUAAUACUUAGGGUUCUGAUAGAGACUUGCAGAUGCAAACAAUGGGUUCUUGAUGGUCUGUAGACUUGAUAAAUUGAUGUGUACAAUGUAUUUUUUUUAUGAAUGAAAUAUUUGUUCACUUUUUUUUUUAUAUUUUUUGUAAUGUCUAUGCAAAUGGUUAAGUUUGUUCACUUUAAAAAUGUAACACACACACACACACAUGUAGUAAGUGUUACAUUAGA